GGCUCAGAGCGAUCGUGCUGGAGCGGCGGCGGGAGCGGAGCGGGACCGGGGAUCGCGAUAGCGCCGCGAUAGCUCCGCGAUACCCCCGCGGUAGCCGCGCUCGGGAUUAUUGCCCUUGGAGUUUGCCUUCUUCUCCUGCGGAUUACAAUUGCACCAUGACCCUGGAGGAGCUGGUGCCUUGCGAUAGCAGCAAGAUGCAGGCGGUGAGCGAGGCGGUGGAGCGGGUGCUGGUGGCGGCGCAGCGGCAGGACCGCCUCACCGUGGGGGUCUACGAGUCGGCCAAGCUGAUGAAUGUGGACCCCGACAGCGUGGUGCUGUGCGUGCUGGCCACCGACGAGGAGGACGAAGGCGACAUCGCCCUGCAGAUCCACUUCACGCUCAUCCAGGCGUUCUGCUGCGACAACGACAUCCACAUCCUGCGCGUGUCGGGCAUGCAGCGCCUCGCCGCCAUCCUGGGCGAGCCCGAGGCGGACUCCGAGCCCCGCGACCUGCACUGCCUGCUGGUCACGAAUUCGCACACGGACGCCUGGAAGAGUCAGGGCUUGGCGGAGGUGGCGAGUUACUGCGCCGAGAGUCGCGACAGGAACCAGUGGGUGCCGUUCGUCUGUCUGCAGGAGCGCUGAGCCCCUCCCGGCCCCUGCCCGGCCUGGACUCGGAGGAUUGGAAACCUUAAAAAAAAAAAAAAAUAAACCAACCCAACCCAAAAAAGCCAGCCAGUUCUAACCCACAACGCCCAAAACCCACCGAUUUUAUUUUUCUUUUGAACCGGAGAGGAGGAAGGGGGAGCGCGGCUGCUGCGGUGGGAAUGGAGGGGACACUGGCCGGAGCCCGGCGGGGGACACUGGACACUGGCCGGAGCCCGGGUGGACGCUGGACGCUGGCCGGAGCCCGGGUGGACAUUGGAUGGACGCUGGCCGGAGCCCGGGUGGACAUUGGAUGGACGCUGGCCGGAGCCCGGGUGGACAUUGGAUGGACGCUGGCCGGAGCCCGGGUGGACAUUGGAUGGACGCUGGCCGGAGCCCGGGUGGACACUGGACACUGGCCGGAGCCCGGGUGGACGCUGGACGGAGCCGCCGGCCGAGGAGCUGUGCUGGAGCGUGGACCGGAGCCGGAGAGCCCCGGGCGGGCGCUGCGGAGCGCGGGGAGUGACCCCGGAGCUGGAAACUGUCGCGAUUUUUGGCAGCUGGGACCCGAUGGAGGCGAGCAUUGCAGAGGGCUGGAUUUUUAAUUUUUUUUUUUUAAUGCAAAAAACUGCUUUUUCCAAGGAAUUACGGACGUCUGCACGGAUGGACCUGCACCCCCCGGGUGCUGCUUUUGCACUUGGAGACCCUGAGCUGAACCUUUUCCAGAGUUUAUUCUUCUACCGAGCGAGGAACUGAAUUUAUUUGCAAUAAAAUGUCUGACGUUA